CAAAAUUCAAGCAGGACGCAGUUGUCGGGUUGUCUGUUGUAAACACAGGUCUGGAACCGUGUUUUUUUUACCUACUGGUUCGUCGCUGGUGCAAAUCUUACCUCCGGAAUCUGCGGAGAAAGAAUUUAACUAGAGAUGCACAUCAAGUCUAUUAUCAUCGAAGGAUUCAAAUCCUACGCACAGAGGACCGAGAUCAACGGCUUUGACCCGCUAUUCAACGCCAUCACUGGAUUGAACGGCAGCGGCAAGUCCAAUAUUUUGGACUCCAUAUGCUUUCUUUUGGGCAUUUCUAACCUAUCCCAUGUGCGAGCCUCCAACCUCCAGGAUUUGGUUUAUAAGAAUGGGCAAGGUGGCAUCACAAAGGCCACUGUCUCUAUUACUUUUGACAACUCAAACAAAAGCCAGAGUCCUCUGGGGUUCGAAACCCACGACGAGAUCACUGUUACCAGACAGGUGGUAAUAGGUGGCAGGAACAAGUAUCUCAUCAAUGGAGUCAAUGCCAACAACACACGGGUGCAGGAUUUGUUCUGUUCUGUUGGCCUCAAUGUCAACAACCCACACUUCCUCAUCAUGCAGGGAAGAAUCACCAAGGUUCUGAACAUGAAACCACCAGAGAUCCUUGCCAUGAUUGAGGAGGCUGCAGGGACCAGAAUGUAUGAAUGUAAAAAGAUAAGUGCCCAGAAGACAAUUGAGAAGAAAGAAGCCAAGCUGAAGGAGAUUCAGACUAUUUUGGAUGAGGAAAUCACUCCAACUAUGCAGAAACUGCAAGAGGAACGAUCCUCGUACCUGGAGUACCAGAAGCUGAUGCGCGAGAUCCAGCACCUGUCGCGCCUGUAUGUGGCCUGGCUCUUUGUGUGCGCCGAGGAGACCAAGGCCAAGUCGGCAGGGAACCUGAAGGUGAUGCAGGACAACAUCUGCAAGAUGCAGGCCGGCAUGGCCGAGAAUGAGAGCAGAAUCGAGGAGCUCUCGGCCCAGAUCCAGGAGCUCCAGAAGAAGAAAGAUCAGGAGGUGAAUGGAGUGUUAAAGACCAUGGAGGACACCUUAGCUGAUGUACAGCGCGUGGACACCAAAGCUCAGAGCGCGCUCGACUUGAAGAAGCAGAAUCUCAAAGAGGAAACCAAAAAGAGAAAGGAGCUUGUCAAGAGCAUGGAGGAGGAUAAGAAGAUGCUCGUAGUGAAGGAGCAGGAGGUGUCCAAGUUGGCCGAGCAGCUUCAGACCGUUCAGGAGGAGGGGCAGAAGGACAGCGCCGCUCUGGAGGCCGCCGAGCAGCAUUUUAAAGCCGUGUCCGCAGGGCUGUCCACCAACGAGGACGGAGAGGAGGCGACCAUCGCCGGACAGAUGAUGGCCUGCAAGAACGACAUGAGCAAAGCCGACACCGAGGCCAAGCAGGCAAGCAGCGGCCUCUCGCCUUUCCUGCUAACACCCCGAAUCUUUGCCAACAGCGGUUUACACCCCCCCUCGUCCUCUCUCCAGGCACAAAUGACUCUGAAGCACGCCCAAGCCGAGCUGAAGACCAAACAGGCUGAGGUCAAGAAGAUGGACAGCGGCUACAAAAGAGACCAGGACAGCCUGCAGGCCGUCAGAAGCAGCAAAGAGAAACUACAGGCCGACCUAAACAAGCUCAACUAUGAAGAUGGGAAGGAAGAAAGUUUGCUGGAAAGAAGACGGCAGCUCUCCAGAGAGGCGGCUCAACUCAAAGCGACCCACGAGCGUCUCAUGUCGCGUUUCCCCAACCUGCGCUUUGACUACAAGGACCCGGAGCGAGGAUGGGAGCGCAGCAAAGUGAAGGGGCUGCUGGCGAACCUGAUCACGGUCAGCGACGUCUCCUACGCCACGGCGCUGGAGGUGGUGGCCGGCGGGCGGCUCUACAACAUCGUGGUGGACACAGAGGUGACCGGUAAGAAGCUGCUGGAGAAGGGAGAGCUGCAGCGAAGGUACACCAUCAUUCCCCUGAACAAGAUCUCCGCCAAGACGCUGAAUGACAGAGUGGUCAACGUCGCCAAGAACCUGGUUGGUCAGAACAACGCUCACACGGCCCUGUCCCUGGUGGGCUACGAGGCCGACCUGCGUAAGGCCAUGGAGUACGUGUUCGGCUCCACGCUGGUGUGCGACACCCUGGACAACGCCAAGAGGGUGGCUUUCGAUAAGCAGGUGAUGACCAAAACGGUCACCCUGGGAGGGGACAUCUUCGACCCGCAGGGAACUCUGAGCGGAGGUGCCCGCUCUCAGUCGGCGUCGGUCCUGUCCAGCCUGCAGGAGGUGAAGGACGUCCGGGACCAGCUGAACGAGAAGGAGGCCCAGCUGCUGGACACCGAGCGGCAGCUGGCCGGCCUCAAGGGAACCGCCGAGAAGUACCGGCAGCUGAAGCAGCAGUUGGAGCUGAAGGUGGAGGAGGAGCAGAUUCUGCUGGCCAAGGUGCAGCAGAGCUCCUUCCACCAGCAGCAGGAGGAGCUGGAGCGGCUGCGAAAGGCCAUCGAGGAGAGCGAGGAGACCCUGCGCGUCACAAAGGAGGUGCAGAAGCGCGCCGAGGAGAAAUACAGGGUGCUGGAGAACAAAAUGAAGAACGCCGAGGCGGAGAGGGAAAAGGAGCUGAAGGCCGCCCAGCAGAAGCUCAACGCGGCCAAGACCAAAGCCGACGCCUUCAACAAGAAGCUGAAGCAGAAGCAGCAGGAGUCGGACGCCGUGGCCCUGGAGCUGGAGGAGCUGCGGAGGGAGCAGGCCAGCUACGAGCAGCAGGUCCAGGCUGUGGACGAGGCCAUGAAGGCCAUCCAGGAGCAGAUUGACAGCAUGGCCUGCACCGUGUCCCAGAACAAGGAGGCCGUGCGGAAAGCGCAGGAAGAGCUGGCCCGGCAGAAGGAAGUGAUCAUGGCACAGGACAAAGAGCUGAGGGGGAAGAGCAGCGAGGUCAACAAGAUCAGGGAGCAGAACAAUGAAGUCCAGCUCAAGAUCAAGGAGCUGGAGCACAACAUCAACAAGCACCACAAAGAAAGCCAGGACGCCGCCGACAAGGUGACGCGGAUGCUGGAGGAGCACGACUGGAUCCAGUCGGAGCGCCAGUACUUCGGCCAGCCGAACACCUCCUACGACUUCAAGAUCAACAACCCCCGCGAGGCCGGCCAGCGGCUGAAGAAGCUGGAGGAGACCACCAGCAAGCUGGAGAGGAACGUCAACAAGAGGGCCAUGAACAUGCUGAACGAGGCCGAGGAGAGGUAUAACGACCUGAUGAAGAAGAAGAGAAUCGUGGAGAACGACAAAGCAAAGAUCCUGCAGACCAUCGAGGAGCUGGACCAGAAGAAGAACGAGGCUCUCAACGUGGCCUGGCAGAAGGUCAACAAGGACUUUGGCUCCAUUUUCUCCACUCUGCUGCCCGGAGCCACAGCGAAGCUGGCCCCCCCGCAGGGCUGCGGCGUCCUGGACGGCCUGCAGUUCAGGGUGGCCCUGGGCGACACCUGGAAGGAGAACCUCACCGAGCUGAGCGGCGGGCAGAGGUCGCUGGUGGCCCUGUCGCUCAUCCUGGCCAUGCUGCUCUUCAAGCCCGCCCCCAUCUACAUCCUGGACGAGGUGGACGCCGCCCUGGACCUCUCGCACACGCAGAACAUCGGGCAGAUGCUGCGGACACAUUUCAGGCACUCCCAGUUCGUGGUGGUGUCUCUCAAGGACGGCAUGUUCACCAACGCCAACGUCCUGUUUAAGACCAAGUUUGUGGACGGCAUGUCAACGGUGACGCGGACGGCGCUCAGCCAGAGCGAGGGCGCCGCCCCCCUGAAAGGCCACGAUAAAGCCCGUCAGAAAGACAAGAGGAACAAGCAGCUCAUCGGCUGAUUCGCCCCUUUGUCUUCAGGCCCCUCAGUUAUCGGAGGAAAACGAAUGCUAAUCACCUACUUCCUUUCUGCGGGUAGUCUCAUCUUUUUAAUAUUUUUGUCCACUUGUCUUUUUGUUCAGCUGUAUUUUCAUCUUUAAGAUGCAAUUUCUGAAUCCUUCCUUUACUUUUUUUGUAAAUAAAACAUGUCA